UGGCUUAUUGUAGAAGGCCCAUAAUAGAAAUGAAGAAUAAAAGCAUCUCUUGGAGUAUAGUGGAGAGUACGCGGGAAUUAAAAGGUCACUUUUAUAUUUCUUUCCGUCACUGUUAUAUUUUUCAGCGUUCCUAAAACACCUGCACCGUAACUGUAUACAUAUAUCAUGCGCACGUGUUUGUCCUAACCUCAAAUCACAAAGUAGCAGAAAAGCUGAGAAAGAUAUUUUAACGAAGAUAUUAAAGCUUUAACAAUGGCGAUGCAAGUCCCGACUGACGUGGAUGCCGAUCAGAUUAAAUCUUUUCGAGACUUCUUGACUUCGUACAAUAAGCUCUCCGAAAUUUGCUUUAUCGACUGCAUAACGGACUUCACGACGCGAGAUAUCAGAGCCAAAGAAGAGAAAUGUGCUCUCAACUGCAUGGAAAAAUAUCUGAAGAUGAAUCAGAGGGUAUCACAACGUUUCCAAGAGUUCCAAAUAACUGCCAAUGAAAAUAUUCUGGCAGCUAAAAAACAAGGUCAGGCAAAUUGACUUAACUAAUAAAAAUGUAAGAUUGUAUCGUGAACAUCCUAUCCGAAUCUUCGUAUUGUAAUAUCAUAAGAU